ACAUGAAGCGUACUUCUCCGAGAAACAAAUAGGUUUAACCAAACGAUCGUCUUCACCAGCCAGCGAAGUUUGGCUCAACGAUUGUAACACUGAUCACUGCGUGAGUGCUGGCAUGGCCGGUUUUUGGUCGAAUGACUUGGACUAUGUGCUCUGCCGGACCCCUGAUCCCGUGGAUCCAUUUCUUAAUGCAACUGGUGGUGUAGUUUUAGAUCUAUCUUCUACUGAUCCACCUAGCGAAUGUCCGUCUAAUCAUGUCAUAACAGCUAUUGCUGAUCUCAAUAAUUACUACUACAUUCGCCUAGACGAAGCCAAGUGUCUCCCUCUGGCAGAGAAAUGGAAGAUCGACUACUUUCGGUGUGUCAUAAAGACGGUGGUAGCAGCAAGGGCACCUCUGUCCAAUAUGACUAAUUGGAGUAACCAGUGUCCAGUAGACGACAAUGUCUACUUCAUUACUCAACUGAUCUAUUAUACUGGAAAAAAUUACCUGAAAGAGUUCAAAUGUUGCCCGGCUAUAAAGUUCAUGUUUAAUUAGUUGUUUCACGUCUUAAUACAUAAAACUUGGCCGUAGGUAUGUCAACUUUGUAAUGCACGAGGCACCAAAACUGGCUCCGGUUUGUCGAAGUCGGAUAAGAGCUAAUUUCUGUGAAAUAAUUGGUAUUAUAAUUCGAUAACGUGUGAUCAUUAUUUAUUCGUUUCCAUUCAGUGUUAUUUAGUGUAGAGAUUUUCAAAU